CUCGAAAAGUUUGUUUUGCUAUACCUACACUGCCUAGCCUAUCCACAACUGUUUUCAAUAUCAGGAAAAUCUUGUUUUAAAAGCGGUGCUGGUACAAGAGUCCAAUGGAACUAGAGACAAGCUUCAUAACGAGUCGGUUCACAAUGGAGGACGUUAUUCUCCGCUUCUUAAAUGAAAUUGGUGCUUGGAAAGAAAUCGAACCACUGUUCGAUGAAUAUUUAACCAAUGUCGACGAAAAGGACAAGGAAUUCGUGAGUAGUUCGGUGGUUUUACCGCUGAAAUACGAGUACUCGAUGUUCAGGAAUGAUUUCGAGUCACUCGGUCAAUUUCUAAUUGCCAAUCCACAUUACUACGAGCAUGUCCUGCGGAAAGUCAUUCUGAAAGCCGUAAACUCGGAACUGGAAAACAUGUCCCGACCAUUUCGAGUGCAGGAUGAACAAAUUCAUUUUGUUUACCGUCUCGAGAAGCUGCCAUUGGUGGACAAAUACAAAUUCUAUCCGAGCAUCCGAAUGUCUUUGUCGAAUUUUACGUGCAUUGUGGCGGGACGUGGUGAGGUGACGAAGUACACUCGUCAAACGGUUUGGCACUGCAACAGAAAAUGCAUCCCAAAUGUGGUAUCGAAAGCAGCACCAACAUGUGAAUUAUGCCAUAAAACGAUGAUUGAACGCGUACCGUUACGUGAUAUGUCCGAACAGGUGAAAUUAAUUGUUUUUCCACUCGAGAUGGCACAAACACCGAGACGAUCCACGGGAACGAUGUAUCAGAAAUUCGAUGUCAUUUUACGCGAUGAUUUGGCUGCUUACAAAGUGAUUUAUGGGAACGCGUACGUAAUUACUGGGAUCUAUGAUGCGUUUGGAAGAGUCUUCAACGCUUGGAACAUUGUCGAAUGCGCGGACGUGUAGACGAUUUGAAUUGAAUAUUGUUUGUUUGAACUUUCGUUGUGGCUAAGAACAUUCUAGUUUUAGUUGGGACAAGACUUCUGUGUGUUAAGGGAU